CCGGAGCAGAUGGGGUCGGAUGAGGACCCUGGUGGGACCUUCAUGCAGAGGCAGUUUGGUGCCCUCUUGCAACCGGCGGUUAACAAAUUCUCGCUGCGGAUGUUUGGGAGUCACAAGGCUGUAGAAAUCGAGCAACAAAGGGUUAAAUCAGCAGGUUCUUGGAUUAUCCACCCUUACAGCGACUUCAGGUUUUAUUGGGACCUUAUAAUGCUUCUUCUUAUGGUGGGGAAUUUAAUCAUUCUUCCAGUGGGAAUAACAUUCUUCAAGGAUGAGAACACCCCUCCAUGGAUUGUGUUUAAUGUCCUUUCUGACACUUUUUUCCUGGCGGACUUGGUCUUGAAUUUUCGCACUGGCAUAGUGGUUGAGGAUAAUACAGAAAUUAUCCUGGACCCUCAUACCAUUAAGAUGAAGUAUCUUAAAAGCUGGUUUCUAGUGGACUUUGUGUCUUCUAUUCCCGUGGAUUAUAUCUUCCUGAUUGUAGAUUUGGAGACACAAGUGGACUCUGAUGUAUAUAAGACUGCCCGGGCCCUACGGAUUGUGCGAUUCACCAAGAUCCUCAGUCUCCUGAGACUUCUGCGACUUUCUCGCCUGAUUCGCUAUAUUCACCAGUGGGAGGAGAUUUUCCACAUGACGUAUGACCUUGCCAGUGCUGUUGUUCGAAUAUUUAACCUUAUUGGGAUGAUGCUGUUGCUAUGUCACUGGGAUGGAUGUCUGCAGUUUCUUGUCCCCAUGCUUCAAGAUUUCCCAGAGGACUGUUGGGUCUCUAUUAAUCAUAUGGUGAAUGAGUCAUGGGGGAAGCAGUAUUCUCACGCCAUCUUCAAAGCUAUGAGCCACAUGCUCUGCAUUGGAUAUGGACAGCAAGCACCAGAGGGAAUGACUGAUGUGUGGCUCACCAUGCUCAGUAUGAUUGUGGGCGCCACCUGCUACGCCAUGUUUAUUGGCCAUGCCACAGCGCUCAUUCAGUCACUGGACUCAUCUCGUCGUCAGUAUCAAGAGAAGUACAAGCAAGUGGAACAGUAUAUGUCCUUUCAUAAGCUGCCCCCUGACACACGCCAGAGGAUACAUGAGUAUUAUGAACAUCGAUAUCAGGGCAAGAUGUUUGACGAAGAGAAUAUCCUGGGAGAGCUUAGCGAGCCCUUAAAGGAGGAGAUCGUUAACUUUAACUGCAGGAAUCUUGUUGCCAACAUGCCACUCUUUGCCAAUGCUGAUCCAAAUUUUGUAACGGCCAUGCUGACAAAGCUGCGUUUUGAGGUCUUCCAACCAGCAGAUUACAUAAUUCGUGAGGGCACUGUGGGCAAGAAGAUGUACUUCAUUCAGCACGGUGUUGUCAGCAUCCUCACCAGGGGCAGCAAGGAGACCAAACUUUCUGAUGGAUCCUACUUUGGAGAGAUUUGUUUGUUGACCCGAGGUCGGCGAACUGCUAGUGUCCGUGCUGACACGUACUGCCGCUUGUACUCACUCUCUGUCGAUAAUUUUAAUGAAGUGCUGGAAGAAUAUCCAAUGAUGAGACGUGCAUUUGAAACUGUUGCAAUGGAUCGCCUAGACCGGAUUGGUAAGAAGAACUCCAUCCUUCUGCGGAAACGAGCUGAGAACAGUACUGGUUCAGUGAAUAAUGAAAUGAUUCAACAGAUAGUAAAACAUGAUAGGGACAUGGCCCACAACAUUCAAGACCUUAAAUCUGUGGGUGCUACACGAGACCAUGGCUAUAACAAGCCCCUUAUCUGGGAGCCCCUGGUUCAUGCUCCCCUGCAGACAGCUGCAGCUACAACAAAUGUGGCUAUUGCUCUAACACAUCAGCAGAACCAGCAGGCGCAUGUCUUCCUUCCACCCUCCUCCCUCACAGAGACUGCCUAUGUGACCCGCCAAGCAAGAAGAUCUCAACCAAGCCUAGUUGGAUCCCGCCCAUCCUCUGUCAGCUCCCCAUCUGGUGCUCAAUCUCACUUGCAGACUCCUGUUGGUGUAUCUCCCUCUUCCCCAUGUGGGGUCCAGAAGCAAAGCAUUGCUGGUCAGUGCCUUCAGACCCCUGGAAGACUCGGGCAAACUCAGCGAGGUGAACCUUCUGUUUUGACAAGACCCCCACUAAUGACAUCACAAGUGCAGCUGUCCCGAUCUCGUGGAACUUCUGCAUCCACCUCUGUCCUGCAGCAGUCAACAGGCCUUUCCAGCUCUCCUGCUGUCUUAGGACAUCUUUCUGGGAGGACUCUGCACUAUAGUUUGUCUAGAGCUAGUGGCUCCCAUAUAUCCCUCCUAAUGCAACAGGCUGCCAACUCACCCCAGCAGCUGGUCAAGCACAGAAGCAUACAGGGACUUCCUUUUAGAAGACUUUCACAAGAUGUCCGACUGCUGUCAGCCUCUCAGCCAUCUCUUCCUGACAAACAGAUGGACAGCUCUCCUUCUCCCCAUGCUGCAGGUUCCCCAGGGGCUGGCAGUUAUAAGUCUGCUCCCUCUGAACCUGCUUUACUGCCCAAACCUCCCCAAAUAUCCCCUUCUGCUCAACCACAGCAGGUGCCUUCAGGGUCCCUGAUCCAGCCUGGACACUCAGUGUGUGCUCCAGUCACUCUACAGUCACCAGUAUCUGUUCCAAGGCAGUCAGCACCAUCUCGGAAGGGUUCUGUAGUAUUUAGCCCUGAUGUGGAUGUUGGAAAACCGAAGCUUCCUUCCAACAUGUGAGCAGUUUUGAUAUAGGAAGGAAUACUUAUGUCCUCUUCUUCAGGAUGUAAAACUACAAUAUGAGUUGUUGGUAUCAUAAAAGAGCACAGGAGAGCAGGUGACAGUGAGAGGAACAUUGUCAGUGAAAAGGCUUCACUCAAAAGAUCAUCAUGCCUUACACCUCCAUCCAAGCUUUAGAG